AUGUCGACCAUAGAUAAUCAGCCACUUGUCGCUGAUGAGCACGUUCUUGAUGACCAAGAUUCCGGAAAUGAGGAUAGUGAAUCAUCCACGCAAAGCAUAAGCAGCACUAUUCUCCAAUACAGACAAGAGAACGGGAGGACUUAUCACGGCUACAAAGACGGAAAAUACAACGUCCCCAACGAUGAUCAAGAAAAUGAAAGGCUAGAUCUACAACAUGCCCUCUUUCUUCGAACUUUCGACGACAAUCUGGGCUUCGCACCCCCGAAUGACCCUCGAGCUGAUGUCAAGCACGUCCUCGAUGUAGGCACUGGCACGGGGAUCUGGGCCAUGGACUACGCCGACGAACACCCAGGUGCCGAGGUCACUGGAGUCGAUCUGUCUCCCAUCCAGCCAAGUUUCCAUAGUGUUCCACCAAACGUUCGAUUUAUCAUUGAUGAUAUGGAGGAGGAGUGGCAAUACUCAUCUUUGUUUGAUUAUGUUCAUAGCCGGAUGAUGAACUCUUCUGUCGCUAACUGGGAAAGCUAUGCCACUAGAAUUUUCGACAACCUGGAACCUGGAGGUUACGUUGAGUUCCAAGAAAUAGACAUUUUUGUAAGAUCCGAUGACGGAACACUCAAAGAGCAGCAUAAUCUAGCUUGCUGGGCCCAACUACUACACGAUGCAUCUGUCAAGCUAGGUCGGCCAUAUUUCGACCCAGGGAAUAUCAAGGACGUGUUAAUGAAAGUUGGGUUCGAAGAUGUGACAGAGGCCAAGUUCAAGUGGCCUACAAACAAAUGGCCCAAAGACAACAAGUACAAAGAACUUGGAAUUUGGAACAACGAAAACGCAAACUUCUUCCUCGAGGCAGUGGCUAUCGCACCACUUACGAGGGCCUUGGGUUGGUCGAGGGAGGAAGUUGCUGUGUUUAUUGCCCAAGCUCGGAAAGAGUUGAACGACACUAAGAUUCAUGCAUACUGGCCAAUUAUCUCGGUAUAUGGUAGGAAACCCUUGAAGUAG